CACGCACAUCUAGAGCCUUACCACCGCCAAGACACACUUGUGCCUGACUGUCAGUUUUACUUCUGUGCAGCUGGAAGUUGCUUCAAAAUCCGCCUACCCAAUGGCCGCUGUCACCAGCUGAUCCAACGCAACUACAUCUCGCGCUCAGAGUGCUGCCAGAUUGGCGGUUUCUAUGUGCACCGGUUUUUGACGGAGACGCAAUUCGUGCGCGACAUUCUUCUGCAUCGAAGCGGCACCGACAACUGUCACUACCCAUGCCAAAGUGGUGAGCUGUCGUUUAUUUCGCUUGACUUACACUUUCGAUGCAUAUUUCUCGACUCCGCAUGGUUAAAAUGUGCCACCCCCCACUCCUGCGUCAACUUCGCCAUCCGCGCCCCCAAAAGUGUUGCAUGUGCGCUAGAAUACCUUUUAGGGAUGCGCAGUGAGAGCUGUGCUCGCGUGAAUUGUCCAGCGGGCUACAAGUGCGAGCUGCAACGCGGCAAGGCGGUGUGCGCCUGCUCCUCCAUCUGCACCAAGGACGACUUCGAGUCGGGUCCGGUGUGCACCACGGACUUCCGUCAGUUCCGCAACCGCUGCUCCUUCAUGAAGGAGCGCUGCCGGAAUCAGGACGUCAUGUUGGAGGAGAUGGAGUGUCCGCCGGCUGAGCACGUCUGCCCAUACAAACGCAACGUGACAGACGUCGACGCUGGCGACUAUGAAUUGCCUGUGAGAAUCUGUCCGCGCAAUCAGGUCUGCAUUGUGCGUCUGUACAGCGGCAAGGCGAGUUGUGAAGAUCCCAAUUGGCUGGGCAGGAGGCGCAUGAAAUCGACAUUUGACGCGUUGGACGUGAACAGCCUCAACUCCUGCGCCAACGGCCAGUUCAGGAGCUACGUUUGUGGCACCGACAACACCACUUACACCAACCAAUGCCACCUCCGGAGAGCCAGCAUUCGCAGGGGCAUCGAGAUUAGAAUUGCGUAUAUGGGACCUUGCAGGAGAGACGCUUCAUGUGGGAAGGUGAGAUGCCAGAGUGCCGACAUGAUUUGUGUGCGUCACGUGAACACCGGACAGCCCGUUUGCCUGGACUGCAAGGACUUGCCGCUGAACUGCAAUCCCCAGGUGUUUCCGUCGCGAGAAGUUGCCGAGAUGACGCUUUUCGAGAUGUCGAAGGAGGCCCAGCAGAGCUUCGGUGAUCCGCGAUGGCACGGCGACGUGUUCACGAACGGCUGGCCCUACGUUUGUGGCAGCGACAGUCAGUCCUUCCCCAACGCCUGCUUCCUCCACGUCUACAACUGUCUGGCGAAACGGUACAUCGACAUGGUGUCUACCGGAUCAUGCCCAGGUAAGCGUCUGCCUCCAGUCAACUUCGCAGCUAGUUUGUGCCUCAACGUCUCAUAUGUGGUGCAGAAAUGUGUGCUGUACUGA